AUGGUCCAAACAGUACUUAUGGUUGCAGAGAAACCUUCUAUUGCUGAGAGCAUCGCCCAUCACCUCUCAAAUGGCCGGACAGCGAAACACUCUCGUGCACUUCCCGUCUUCGAGUACGAUGGUUACUUUCAGGGUGCCCCCGCACACUUCCGUGUUACAAGUACAACAGGGCACAUUUUUUCAUGCGAUUUCACCCCUCAGUACCAGUCGUGGGAUCGGACUGAUGAGGAGUCGCUCUUCGGGGCACCAGUCGUGUGGCGGGAAGAGUCCGGACGGGUGAGCCGCCACCUUGAGCAUGAGGCAAAAGGGUGUGCAACGCUCGUUUUGUGGCUUGACUGCGACCGCGAGGGGGAAAACAUAUGCUUUGAGGUGAUGCAGGUUGUGUCGCGAAGCAUACAUGACAUUCGAUGUAUUUGGCGCGCAAAGUUCUCCGCCAUAACGCGGGAAGCGAUAACGGAGGCGUUCGUUAAUUUGGGUAAGCCAAACAAAAACCUGUCAGAUGCGGUGAGCUGUAGACAAGAGCUAGACCUCAAGGUUGGCGUUGUUUUUACCAGGUACCAAACGAAGUACUUUCAGGGUAAGUAUGGGAAUCUUGACGCUAGUGUGGUGAGUUAUGGCCCUUGCCAGACACCGACACUCGCAUUUUGCGUGCAGAGGCACGACGAGAUACUAAACUUCAAACCCGAAAACUACUGGAAGCUAGUGCCUACCUGCAACAGAUACGGUUCACCCAUUACGUUUGAGUGGGCGCGCGGUCGCGUCUUUGACGAAUUGAUUGCACGACUUUUACAUCAAAGGGUCUCUCGUAGUAAAGUUGCCAAAGUCGUUGACGUUUCGGUGGGGGCUGACACCCGCGCUCGACCCACGGCGCUCAACACUGUCGAGCUCAUGAAAAUCGCUAGUAAGUUUCUUGGUAUUGGGCCGCAUCACGCGAUGCAAAUAGCAGAAAACCUCUAUAUUUCUGGGUAUAUCUCGUACCCACGAACGGAAUCCACAGCAUACCCGGUCUCCUUCGACUUGAAGGCCGCACUUGCAACCCAACAGGGCCAUCCAGUGUGGGGUGAAUACGUGCAGGAAUUACUGAAAGGUCGGUACACGCGACCGAAAGCCGGCAAAGAUGCUGGAGACCAUCCACCAAUCACACCAAUGCGUGCGGCAACUGCCGGAGAGCUGUCGUCUGACUCUUGGCGUUUGUAUGAGUACAUUACACGUCACUUCAUUGCUACAGUAUCCCCAGACUGCAAACUUUCGAGGACGAAGCUCGUACUAGAGCUUAGUGGGGAGUUGUUUACCUUCACUGGUAAGGUAGUUGUGGAUCCGGGCUUCACAACAAUUCUUGCCCAUUUGGCUGUAAAGGACGACAAGGUACCAACGAACAUCGAGGUGGGGAGCGAUUUCCCCAUCAAUGAUGUACGCCUUCAGGCCGGGCAAACCCAAGCACCGGGGUAUCUUACAGAAGCUGAUCUCAUUGGGCUGAUGGAAAAGAAUGGCAUCGGCACAGACGCCUCUAUUUCCCAGCAUGUCAACAAUAUAGUUGAGCGGGGUUAUUGUGCGGUGAAACCUGGGCGCGUAAUGGAACCCACAAAACUUGGGGUCGUGCUGAUUCAUGGUAUCAAAAGUAUCGACCCUGAACUUGUGCUCCCCCUGGUGCGAAGCAAGGUGGAAGAGUACGUCACGUGCAUUGCUGAGGGUCAAGCCAGGCUAGACGAGGUCCUAUCGAGUGUGCUUGAUCUCUUCUUUGGAAAGUUUCGUUACUUCAAGGAAAACAUUGAGCGCUUUGAUGCCCUUAUGGGAGCUUCAUUUUCACCCCUUACUUCCUCGGGUAAGCCAAUAACGCGGUGCGGCAACUGUAUGCGAUACCUGAAGCACCUUGAGGCACGCCCGCAACGGUUGUAUUGUGCCUACUGCGAAGUUACGUACGCGUUACCACAGGGUGGAACGAUCAAGCAGUAUUCCAACUACAAGUGUCCCCUUGACAACUUUGAGUUGGUUAUCUGCCACGUGGAGGGAGGUAAGUCAUUUCCUAUUUGUCCCAACUGCUAUAACAACCCCCCGUUUCCAGAUGCACGAGUGCAGGGCGGCCGUCAGCUCAUGGCAUGUGACGAGUGCAAACACCCGACUUGUUACCACUCGCUGGCCACGAAUUAUGUGGCGGACUGCGUUGACCCACGAUGUGAUGGGUGCAUGGCGUUUGUUCCUCGAACAUCGGGGAAGUGGAAAAUAUGCUGUAACCACUGCACCAUGAUGAUUCUCCUCCCACCAACGGCGCAACGGGUUUAUGUAAGUUCAGAGGAGUGCCCGGAAUGUGGUGCCAUGAUGGUGGAUCUACAAUUUCCAGAAGGGAAAUCGCCACUUCCCAACCGCAAGGAUCGCAUAGUGUCGUGUGUCUUUUGUGAUCCAGCACUCAGUAACAACGUGUCAGAGGUACGCGGGAAACUGGGGAAUUUUAGCAGACGCGGUGGUGGUGGGAAAGGAAGGGGAAGGGGUGGUAGAGGUAGAGGAAGAGGAAGAGGCUACCGAAACUAG